CUUCUUCCUCAUCUACUCCGUCUUCGUCUUCUUCUUCGUCUGCUUGUAUGUGAAAGCAUCCGUCAGGCUGGACAUGGGCAUUCGUUUCUGGUGCCUGUUCAGGUUCAAUUCGAGGAUCAUUCUGGCCAUUCUUGGACGCCAAACUGCUCGCCUCUUGUCAAACUUAAGUUCUGUCUUAUUCGAGAAUAA